AUGGAUGCCCUGUACCUUAUGAGCAGGGCGCAGUUCCAUCAGGCAGCGACUCACAUCUCCCUCUAUCGCGAGGAUGCGUCACCGGGCUACCGGACUCUCGGUGAGGAAUGUCUGCGCCUCGUUGGCCUCAACCCCAGUCGCUACGUUUACUGGAAUGUACCGAACAUGAGCGCCUACUUUGGAAAGACAGUGCCAGUGGACGUUCAUGGUGGUUACGUUCUCGUGGACGAAGGCGCUGCAGGGCGGCUUGCCACAAGUUACGGGGUGUUGCGCUACGCGUAUCUCUCCGCCGCCGUGCGCGCAAGGGAGGGUGGGAGGUGGCGGUACGACUUCAUGACGAUGAACAUCACUCUCGCUGUGGGUGUGGCAGGCGGAUUUGCAGCGCUUUCUGUCGGCAGGUCUCGCUGGGCGUGGAUGCGGCGACAUCCGGUUGGCGGCAUUGCUGUCAGUCUGCUUGUUUUUCUCACGGGCACAGUGACCUCUCGCCAGGCAAUUCGCGUUCUCGGUGUCGGGAUUGUGACUGCACAUAACAGCCACAAGAAGGCUCUGACAAAACUUAACUGCGCUGACUGCUUUGACGACGUCAACCUCUACACUGCACAGCAAGUCGAGGACCUGCGCAAGCAGGAGAUUCCGCGACAACCAGGGAUGCCUCUGCCCCCGGAGGAGUUUGUGAAGCGAUUUGAGCGGGGCACGCAGCUGCAGAUAAAGAUGCUGCAGGCCGAUAUGGACGAGGUGCGUGCGGAGAAGCGGCGCAUUGGUUCCCACUUCUGCGACGUGCACCGCGGCCUCCGCGAGGACGAGGGGUACGCUGCGUCGGUUGUGCUGCCGAUCUCACCCGUGGACACCCAGCGUGCUAGCGAAAGACUCCGUGCCGAGAGAACGGAGAAGAAGGCGGAGUGA